CGUUACCAACGGUCGAUGCACGAGCAGGCGGUGAAACGCGUGAUCGCCGUGGAAUGCCAGGAACCGUGCAACGAGCAAUUGGUGCCGAUCCCGCCGUACAAAUUAGCUGGUAGAACGAAUCUGUAUCCGAAGUAUUUGAGGAAUCGUUGCACGAUAAUGAGGAGAUUCUACUUACCGCAUAAGCUGCUCAGGAACAUCGUUGCUAGAGGUCAUUGCCUGAUGCCGGAGUGGAUAUGCAAUUUCAACCGUUAUCGGGAACUGGAGUACCUCGAUUUCAACAGGUUCCUGGACUUGGUGGAAGCGGAUACGAAAAAAGGCGCGCUCGCCAUCACUGGCACCUACUACGGCGACAUCGUGCGGCUGAUUUCCCAACCGCGCUACCUUCACGACGUACCCUCGCACGCCCUCGCCGAUUUUCUCAACUGCGCGAAUCAUUUACUCGGUCUUCAAGUGGUCACACGCAUGAUAAAAACCGUCGAACAUCUGCUCGAGAUGUUGAGCAACAGGAGCUCUGUGCCAUUGUUGAAACUGCGACUAAAAUGCGAGGCCAACGAGUUGUUCCUUAGCCCGACCAUUCAGGAAAUUUGUUUCUCGUUCCAUUACGUUAUCGAUCAAAUCCGUCACGUCGGCCAGCAACUGCCGUCGCUGGACUCCUGGGUCAACGCGAAGACCACUCGCGAACACGUCAAAGUCAUUCUACCGGAAUGGUACUUGGAGGAGGCUCGCAAACGGCUCGCGGUGAUUUUGAACGACACUUAUCGACCGUUGAUCGAUUACGUCGAGAAUCUGCGGGGACGGUUCCGGGUUGUCUUCGAUUCGGAAACGCAACGAGAGAUCGUCGACUAUGUUCGUUCGGGGCAAAGUUUUCAAGAGUGCGUCCAGAAGGUCGAAGGUUUCAACCAGUUCAUUCGAGAAAUUCACGGCAUGCCGGACUACGAGUACUUCUCGAUUGGGAUAAUCGAUCAAGUCGCAGCGAAGGCAGGUCUCCUCGAAUACACGAGAAACGUGAGACAAUCCAUCAUUGAGGAGCUGGUGAACAGGCAUUGGUUCUUCAACCUUGAUAUAUGCAACACAUUCGAGGCUAUAAGGGAGCGAGCACUGAAUGUGCCGAACACUACCAAGCAGCUAUUGGAGCUAGGUGACUACAUGCUAACGGCUGCGUCGACAACGAUGAGGUCGCUGGAGGAGAAGAUUACUCUGUCGUUGCGUAUGAUGGCGACACUCAUCGAGAUGACCACGUUGUCCAAAGAUCACAUGGAACUGAACAACACCACCAUACACUGGUUAAAGCGGAUCCGACCGAUAUUCGAGCAGAACAGCGCUCUCUACGAGCAAGCGAAGUUCGAGCUGGAGGAGAAGCUUCAAAGUAGAGUGGAGAUAUUGAAUAAGGACGUCGAAGACACUUUUCCUAGGUUGGAGAUACUGAAUGACAUGGACGACGCAGAUCGCAUACAGGAGUACAUCGAGUACAUGCGGAAGUUCGCGCGCGACUUGGAACGCAUGAACGAGAGGGUUAAAUGUAUCAACGACGAGGAGGCGUUGUUUAAAUAUCCGCUCUCCCAUUAUCCGCGGAUCAAAGAGCUCAAGGAGAUCAUAAUGCCGUAUUACGAUUUAAUUUAUCGCGGUUAUCAGUGGCGACGGCAUCGGGACGUCUGGCUGGACGGGCCGUUCGAGUACUUGAACUCGAACGACAUCGAGAACAAGACAACCGAGUACUUCGGGGAGUUCACGAAGAUCGGUAAACAUUACAGGACGAGGAUCAAAAUGGAGCUCGCGACUAGCUAUCCGUAUGGCUUCAUAGGCUCGCCAGACGAUCCGGACCCCUAUCAGCAACCGGCGCCUCUAAAACUUUGCCACCAACUGAUCGAGGACAUCAAAUGGUUCAAGCAAUGCCUGCCGCUCCUAGUGGUGUUCCGCAACCCCGCCCUGAAGCAGAUUCACUGGGACGACAUGUCGACGAUAGCCGGGUUCGACGUCACCCCUGACGCCGGGACAACCUUCCGGAAAAUUAUAAACAUGAACUUCCUGGACGACCUGGAGAAAUACGAAAUGAUAAGUACGAGCGCGACGAAGGAACUGAUGCUCGAGGAGUCGUUGACGAAGAUGAUGAAGGAAUGGGACGACAUUGUGUUCACCAGCGUGUCGUACAAAGACACCGGAGUGAACAUUCUAGCGCAGCUGGACGACAUCCAAGCGAUUCUGGAGGAGCACAUCGUCAAAGUCCAAGCCAUGCGAGGCUCCGCGUUCGUCAAGCUCAUCGAGGAGGAAGUGAAGAACUUCUACCAAUUGCUGCUCCGGAUACAGUCGACCAUCGACGAAUGGACCAAGGUACAAGUACAGUGGAUGUACCUGUUGCCGAUCUUCUCGAGCAAGGACAUCGUAGCACAGCUGCCGGAGGAGGAAGUGCUGUUCAGUCAAGUCGACCGGAUAUUUCGCAGCGCGAUGAACGGCGUCGCGAAGGAACCCCGAGUUCGAGAGACAGCGGGCUCCGUGGGUCUUUUAGAGAUUAUGCGGGAGGCGAACGCGUCGAUGGAGAAGGUGAACGACGGUGUUCUGAACUACCUGGAGAAGAAGAGGCUCUACUUUCCGCGAUUCUUCUUUCUGAGCAACGAGGACAUGCUCGAGAUACUGUCGGAGACAAAGGAGCCCCUGCGCGUCCAGCCUCACCUUCGGAAAUGCUUCGAGGGAAUAAACAAGUUGGGAUUCGAUCACCAGCUGGAGAUAUAUUCGAUGUUCAGCGAGGACAACGAGGAGGUGACGAUGCAGGAGAAGAUUUCAACAGCGGCGGCGAGAGGCUGCGUGGAGAGGUGGCUGGUUCAAGUCGAAGAACAAAUGGUGAAAUCCGUGAGGCACGAGAUCCUGAUGAGCUAUCGAGAUUACGAGGUGAACCAACGAGCCACGUGGGUGCUCAUCUGGCCGGGUAUGGUCGUGUUGUGCGUCGCUCAGAUCUAUUGGAGCACGGAGGUUCAGAACAGUCUGAUGACUCGCAUCCGCUCGACAACGGAAACUCUGUAUGAGAAGCUGAGGAAGCAGAUUUUUGAGAUGGUCGAUUUGAUCAGGGGUAGGGGUAAAUUGUCGAGACAGAAUCGAACGACGAUAAACGCUCUGAUCACGCUCGACGUCCACGCGAUGGACGUCGUGAAGUCCCUGAUCGACAAGAGGAUCACGGACGAGACGGACUUCGAGUGGCUGGCGCAGUUGCGUUACUACUGGGAGGACGACGUGUUCGUCAGAAUCAUAUACACAACCGUAUCCUACGCGUACGAGUACAUCGGGAACACACCUCGGCUGGUCAUUACGCCGCUGACGGACAGGUGUUACCGUACGCUGAUCGGCGCGUACUCCCUGCACCUGAACGGCGCGCCGGAAGGACCGGCGGGCACCGGUAAAACGGAAACGACGAAGGACCUGAGCAGAGCGUUGGCAGUGCAGUGCGUGGUGUUCAACUGUUCCGAGGGCCUCGACUACAAGAACAUGGGGAAGUUCUUCAAAGGCCUGGCCUCGUGCGGAGCGUGGUCCUGCUUCGACGAGUUCAAUCGCAUCGACCUGGAGGUGCUAUCCGUGGUCGCCCAACAGAUCCUCUGCAUCGUGCAGGCGGUGCGCGGCAAGCUGCAGACGUUCGUGUUCGAGGGGACGGAGUUGACCUUGAACCCCGCCGUCUACGUGUGCAUCACGAUGAACCCGGGUUACGCGGGUCGCUCGGAGCUGCCGGACAACCUGAAGGUCCUCUUCAGAACCGUCGCGAUGAUGGUGCCCGACUACGCGAUGAUCGCCGAGAUAUUCCUGUACUCGUCCGGGUUCACCACCGCUCGGGCGCUCUCCACGAAGAUCGUGACCACGUACAAGCUCUGCUCGGAGCAGCUGUCCAGCCAGUCGCACUACGACUACGGCAUGCGCGCGGUGAAGACGGUGCUGACCGCGGCGCAGAACAUCAAGCUGCAACUGCCGGACGAGGACGAGUCGGUGGUGCUGCUCAGGUCCGUGAUCGACGUGAACCUGCCGAAGUUCCUGGCCCACGACGUGCCGCUGUUCCAAGGCAUCGUCUCGGACCUGUUCCCCGGGCUGGAGCUGCCCUCGCCGAGCUACGGCGCGCUGCUGAGCGCCGUCCGCGAGGCAGCCGGCGCGCGCAGGCUGCAGCCGGUCGACGGCUUCCUGCUGAAGAUCAUACAGACGUACGAGAUGAUGAUCGUGCGCCACGGGUUCAUGCUGGUCGGCGAGCCGUUCGGCGGGAAGACCAGCGUCCUCCGCACGCUGGCGGACGCUCUGACAUUGAUGUACCGUCGCGGCGACGAGAACGGCGCCGUGACCAAGUACCAGACGAUCAACCCGAAGUCGAUCACGCUGGGCCAGUUGUACGGGUUCUUCGACCCGGUCUCCUCCGAGUGGACCGACGGCGUCUGCGCCGUCACGUUCCGCGCGUACUGCGCCGAGGACACGCCCGACAGGAAGUGGAUCGUCUUCGACGGGCCGGUGGACGCCGUGUGGAUCGAGAACCUGAACACCGUCCUCGACGACAACAAGAAGCUCUGCCUGACCUCCGGCGAGAUCAUGCAGAUGUCGGGCACCAUGUCGAUGAUCUUCGAGGCGAUGGACCUGCUGCACGCCUCGCCGGCCACGGUGUCGCGCUGCGGGAUGAUCUACUUCGAGCCCCGCGUCCUCGGCUGGAGACCCUUCGCCCGGUCCUGGCUGCACCGGCUGAACCCGGAGUGGGCGGCCGAUCACUCGAGCAACAUCGACGAGCUGUUCGAGUGGCAGAUCGACCCCUGUCUGGAGUUCAUCCGGAAGAAAUGCCGCGCGACGAUCACCGCCGGUCAGAUCCAUCGGGUGAUCACCACGACGGUGUUAUUCGAGAUGUUCAUGGAGGACGCGGUGGAGCAGAGCCCGAAGACGUUCGACCAGUUCACGCUGUUCUGGCUGCAAGCGGCGAUGGCGUCGUCCGUGGUGUGGGGCGCCGCGGGCACGCUGGACUACGACUCCCGCGACAGGUUCAACGCGUACUACACGAGCAUGUGGAAAGGCGCGCUGCCCGAGCACCCGCUGCCCGAGUUCCUGGCCGAGAGCUUGAUCUCGUUCCCGGUGGACGACACGAUCCACGACUGCUUCUACACGUUCCGCGGCAGGGGCGCGUGGCGGCGGUACGCGGACGUCGCGCGGCAAGAGGAGUUCCCGCAGACCGGCAGCAUCGUGCAGUUGAUCAUCCCGACCAGCGACACCGUCAAGUAUCAGACCCUGUUCGAGAAGCACGUGCGUCGCCGCAAGCGGUUCCUCUUGUACGGCGAGACCGGCACCGGGAAGAGCGUCUACGUGAAGGACCUGCUGAUGAAUAAGCUGAGCGAGGCCGAGUACCUCGCGAACUUCGUCACGUUCACGCCGCACACGACCGCCGCGCAGACCCAGGAGCUGGUCGUGUCGAAGCUGUACAAGAAACGGAGGAACCAGUACGGCCCGUUGCCCGGAACGCGGUGCGUGGUCUUCGUGGACGACGUGAACAUGCCGGCGAAGGAGGCGUACGGCGCGCAGCCGCCGAUCGAGCUGCUCCGGCAGUUCUUCGACCACCGGGUCUGGUUCGACCUGAAGCAACCGGAGACGAUCCACGUCCACGACACGAUGUUCGUGUGCGCGAUGGCGCCGCCCGGGGGCAGCAGGCAGGAGCUGUACCGCAGGUUCCUCAGGCACUUCAACCUCUUCGACAUCAGCGACUUCACGGAGGACACCGUCGCCCGGAUCUUCACGAACAUCGCGUUCAUCGGGCUGCAGCGGAACGGCUUCACCGCCGGCGUGAUGCCCUGGAUCCUCGAGGUCGUGCACGCGACCAUGACGAUAUUCCUGAACGCUCGCGACGAGCUGCGACCGACGCCCGCCAAGUCCCACUACCUGUUCAACCUGCGCGACUUCUCGCGCGUGAUCGUCGGCUGCGCGAUGAUCAGGGAGGAGUCCGUCGACGCCAAGUCGGUGUUCACGCGGCUCUGGGUGCACGAGGUGCUCCGGGUGUUCGGCGACCGGCUGGUGGACGACGCCGACCGGCGCUGGCUGUUCCUCAGGAUCAAGGAGGCGGUCGCCAGCAAACUCAGGGAGCAGUUCGACGCGGUGUUCGGCCACUUGCCGAGGUUCGAGGACCAGCUGACGGAGCGGAGUCUGCGUAGCUUACUAUUCGGCAGCUUCAUGGAUAUAGACGCGCCGCCGGGAGAGGACCGCCGGUACCAGGAGGUCCGGUCCAUGGACGAGUACCUCGAGGUGGCCGAGUCCUGCCUCGAGGACUACAAUCUCACGCACAGGCACAAGAUGAACAUCAUCCUGUUCCGCUACGCGCUGGAACAUCUCGCGCGGAUAUGCCGCAUCCUGGUGAUCCCCUGCGGCAGCCUGCUGAUGGUCGGCGUCGGCGGAUCCGGCAGACAGUCGUUGACCAGGUUGGCCGCCGCCAUGAUCGGCCACGGGCUGUUCCAACCGGAAAUCGGCGGCGCGUACGGCGUGCAGGAGUGGAGGGACGAUAUCAAGAAGGUGCUGAUGAACUGCGGCGCGGCCGGGAAGGACCACGUGUUCCUGCUGACCGAGGGCCAGAUCAAGGAGGAGAUCUUCCUGAACGACAUCGACAGUCUGCUGAACUCCGGCGAGGUGCCGAACAUCUUCACCGUCGAGGAGAGGCAGGAGAUCAUCGAGGCGACGCGGCUGGCCGCGCAGGGCGGCAACCGGAACCUAGACGUGUCGGUGCUGGCGGUGCUGGCGUUCUUCGUGAACCGCUGCAAGGAGAAGCUGCACCUGAUGCUGUGCUUCAGCCCGAUCGGCGACACCUUCAGAACCAGGCUGCGGCUGUACCCGAGCCUGGUGAACUGCUGCACGAUCGACUGGUUCGACGUGUGGCCGGACGACGCCCUGGAACAGGUCGCGCUCACCAGCACCCACGAGAUCAACGUCGAGGAGCAGGUGAAGGUGAACGUCGUGCUGGCUUGUAAAUUCUUCCACGUCUGCGCGAAGCAAGUCAGCGCGCAGUUCUAUAACGCAACCGGCAGACGCACUUACAUCACGACCGCAAGCUUCCUGGACCUGAUACGCACUUACGCCGAGCUAAUCGGAGAGAAGCAACGCGAGCUCACUCUCGGCAGAGAUCGGUACCUGAACGGACUGGACAAGCUGCAGUACGCGGCCGAGCAAAUCGACAAGAUGAGGGUGACGCUGUCGGCGCUGCAACCGCAGCUGGAGGCGUCCGCGAACGAGACGGUCGCGACGAUGAAGAAGAUCGAAACCGAGAACGUCAGCGUCGAGAAGGCCAGGAUUCUGGUGAAGAGGGACGAGAACAUGGCGAACGAGCAGGCGGAAGUCUCGAUGAAGCUGAAGACGGAGUGUGAGGCAGACCUGGCGGAAGCGCUGCCGGCGCUGGAAGAAGCGAUCGCGGCCUUGAACACUCUGAAACCGGCCGACAUCACGGUCGUCAGGACGAUGAGGAGUCCUCCCGCCGGGGUGAAGCUAGUGAUGGCCGCUGUCUGCGUCAUGUUGGACAUAUCACCUGCCAAGAUCGAGGAUCCGGCUACAGGCAGAAAGCUGAUGGACUAUUGGGGACCUAGCAAACGUCUGCUCGGGGACAUGCGAUUCUUGGAGACGCUGCGCCAGUACGACAAGGACAAUAUCUCGCCGCGAAUAAUACAGGAGAUCAAAACGACGUAUCUAACGGACAAAAAUUUCGAGCCGAAAGUGGUAGCGAGAGCGUCGUCCGCUGCCGAGGGGCUCUGCAAGUGGGUGAGAGCGGUGGUUCUGUACAACGACGUGGCGAGAGUGGUCGCGCCGAAGAGGGCGAAACUGGAGGCCGCGGAACAAGAAUACGAGAGCACCAUCGCGUUUCUGAACGAGAGACGCGCCAGACUCGCCGAGCUGACAGAGAAGCUGGCCGUGCUUCACGAGAAGCUGCAAGUAACCGUCGCGAAGAAAAUAGAACUCGAGAACGAGGUGACUCUGUGCCGGAAUAAGCUGAUCCGAGCGGAGAAGCUGAUCAACGGUCUGGGCGGCGAGAAGAGCCGUUGGAUGGCUUCCGCCGAGAACCUCCAAAGGUCGUACGACACGUUACCCGGCGACAUUUUGGUCUCGUGCGGCAUGAUCGCGUACAUGGGGCCGUACACGAGCAGCUAUCGCGUCGAGAGUCUAGAGAAAUGGUUCGACUACGUGAAAGCCUUGGCGAUACCGUGCACGGACAGCUACGAUUUCGUCGCCACCCUCGGCACCGAGAUCAAGAUCAACUCCUGGAACAUAUUCGGCCUGCCGCGGGACUCGUUCUCCGUGGAAAACGCGAUCAUCAUGGACAACUCGAAGAGGUGGAGCCUGUUCGUGGACCCUCAGAGUCAGGCGAACAAGUGGAUCCGCAACAUGGAGAGGCAGAACGAGCUGGAGAUCGUUAAGCUGACGGACGCGGGUUACAUAAGUAUCAUAGAGAAGGCUCUCGAGUACGGGAAACCGGUGCUGGUCGAGAACGUGCCGGAGGAACUCGCGCCGGCUCUCGACCCCGUGCUGACGAGGUCCGUCUACAAGAUGGGGAACGCGUGGUUCAUCAACCUCGGCGAGCGAGUGAUCGAGUACAGUCCGCGCUUCAGGUUCUACCUGACGACCAAGCUGCGGAAUCCACACUAUCUGCCAGAGGUGUUCAACAAGGUGACGUUGAUCAACUUCGCGUUGACGAUGGACGGCCUCGAGGACCAACUGCUGGGCAUCGUGGUGGCGAAGGAGAGGCUGGAUCUGCAGGAGAAACGGGAGUACCUGAUCGUGCAGAGCGCGGCGAACAGGCGAGCCCUGAAGCAAGUGGAGGACAACAUUCUGAAAACGCUGGCAGACUCCGGCGCGGCGAUCCUGGAGGACGAGGAGGCGAUCGAGAUCCUGGACUCCUCGAAGAUCCUCUCGACCGACAUCCUGAAAAAGCAGUCCACCGCGAGGAAGACCGAGAUACAGAUCGAGGGGUUCCGGCAGAACUACAAGCCGAUCGCGAGGCACGGCUCCGCGCUCUACUACACUAUCACCGAUCUGCCGAACAUCGAUCCCAUGUACCAAUACUCGCUGACCUGGUUCAUCAACCUGUACGUCAGCUCCAUCGACGCCGCGAACAAGAGCAAGGUCCUCGAGCGGCGACUCAUGUUCCUGCGGGAAACCUUCACGUACAAUCUGUACCGCAACGUCUGCAGAUCUCUCUUCGAGAAGGACAAGCUUUUGUACUCGUUCAUGCUGUACGCGACGAUCCUCGUGACGGCGAGCACGAUCACCAAAGAGGAGCUGAUGUUCUUCUUAUCCGGCGGCGUUGCGUUGGCCUCGGUCCCGGACAAUCCGAUGAGUUCCUGGCUGCCGGAUAAAUCCUGGGCCGAGAUCUCGCGCGUCCACGUACUGGCAAGCUUCGCCGACUUCCGGAGAAGCUUCGUUCAGAAGGGCGCCGAGUGGAAGCGAUACUACGACUCGCUGAACCCGGAAAGCUCGCCGCUGCCGAGUCCUUGGGAGGAGACACUGACGCCCUUCCAGAAACUGAUCGUGGCGAGAAUGAUUAGGACUGACAAAGUGACGAUUAUGAUUCAACAGUUUAUCCAAAGCGGAAUGGGUCUGAAGUUCGUCGUGCCGCCGCCGUUCGACAUCGCCAAGUCGUUCGCGGAUUCGAACUUCCUGAUACCGUUGAUCUUCAUCCUCUCUCCGGGCUCCGACCCGAUGGAGGCGCUCACGCAGUUCGCGGAGAGCGUGCACUUCCUGGAGAGGUUCCACUCGAUCUCGCUGGGCCAGGGUCAGGGACCGAUCGCGCAGAAGCUGAUCCAGCAAGGCCAGGCCGAUGGGGAAUGGAUAUGCUUGCAGAACUGCCACCUGGCCGCCUCCUGGAUGCCCAGUUUGGAGAGCAUCUGCGAAAACUUCGACCCCUCGAACACUCAUUCGAAUUUCCGUCUGUGGCUGACGAGCUACCCGUCCGAGCACUUCCCCAUCACGAUCCUCCAAAAUGGCGUCAAGAUGACCAACGAACCUCCCACCGGACUGCAGAACAACAUCAUGAGAUCGUACAAAGCCGAGGCAGCCAGAGAUCCGGAUUUCUUCGACGCGAAGAAGAAGAGGGCGUACGCGAAGCUGCUGUACGCGUUGUGCUUCUUCCACGCUGUGGUGCAGGAGAGGCGAAACUAUGGGCCACAGGGAUGGAACAUAAAAUAUGGCUUCAACGAAUCCGAUCUCCAAAUAUCCGCUCAACAGUUGCAGUUGUACGUGCAACAGUACACGGAGAUCCCAUUCAAAGCAAUCCUGUAUUUAACCGGGGAGUGUAAUUACGGAGGCAGGAUAACAGACGACAGGGACCGAAGAUGUCUGAACACGAUAUUACAAAACUUCUACAACGAGAACGUGAUCACGGAUCCGAAUUACUCUUUCGCGGAUGGUGGUCCUGAAUAUUCUUUGCCAAAGAAACACGAGUACGAGGAUUACAUCAAACUGAUCCAAUCGAUCCCCUUAAAUCCAUCACCGGAAGUACUCGGCCUCCACAUGAACGCUGGAAUAACAAGACAUCUCGAGCUGGCGAGCACUUUCUUCCGGUCGAUGCUACUCAUCCAGGGAAUGGCGGUGACAGCUGGCGUCAGCUCUGAGCAGGAUGAGAUACUGCUCGGCAUGAAGAAGGACAUAUACGAUAAAAUGCCGGCGCUGUUCGACGUCGAGGAAGCCCAGAAACGGUACCCCAUCAUUUACUCGGAGUCCAUGAACACCGUGCUCGUACAAGAGCUGGAAAGGUACAACAGGCUUCUGUACGAAAUCCGACAAUCACUGUCCAUGCUCGAAAACGCACUGAAGGGACUAAUUGUGAUGACUCCUUCACUUGAGGAUCUAGCUGUGCAUAUACUGAGCUCCAGGAUUCCACCGUCAUGGAAGAAAGCGUGCGCCUAUCCGAGCUUGAAACCGUUGCCGAGUUUCAUCAAUGAUCUUCUGGAUCGAUUGAGUUUCUUUCAGCAGUGGCUGGUAAACGGAAUACCAAAGACAUUUUGGAUAUCGGGAUUCUCGUAUGUGCACGCUUUUCUCACGGCGACCACGCAGAACUUUGCAAGAAAAUAUAAGAUACCGAUUGACAGGAUUGAUUUUGACUUCAAGGUGCUGCCUGCAUAUAAACUGGACGAGUCGCCAGCAGAUGGUGUUUACGUUUACGGGAUGUUCCUGGCUGGAGCGAGAUGGGACAUGACAAAGAUGUUGCUCGAAGAGAGUUAUCUGAAAGUACUGUGGGAUCCCAUGCCGAUCGUUUGGAUGAAACCGAGUCGCAUAGAUGCUAUAUUUAUAGGGAAACGAUACGAGUGCCCCCUUUAUAUUACUUCUGUCCGUUUUGGUAUACUUAAGACAACGGGUCAUUCAACAAAUUACGUGUUAUCCCUUUUAUUGGAUACCAAAUAUCCAGUUAGUCAUUGGAUUAAAAGAGGCCUCGCUUUGCUUUGCCAGUUAGAUAAUUAGUAACCUGAAACACGUUUAAACACGUCGAUAUUAUCGA